AAGUGGAAAAAGUAAAUUUAACAUGAGCUCCGAAGUAGGAAAAGUAAACGUGUGCGCCGGCGCGCAGGUUCCGCGCGUUGGCGGCAAACCAUGAGAGACCAGUUUGGCGUUUGGGUUGCGUCUAAGCGUCAGUUGACGUAGACCCGUCGUCGACGUAGCAAUAUGCUUUUCGUUUUCGCGAUCCCGGUGUUCUCCAUCGCGACAUGGGCAUCCGCGCUGAACGAUCCGUUAUCAGAAUUACCAAGAUUCGGGAAACCAUUGAACAAUCUUACCAUUUCAGUCGGUCGUGAAGCCAUCUUCACCUGCAUCGUGGAGAAUCUCGGUCCGUAUAAGGUGGCAUGGCUUCGAGUGGACACGCAGACAAUAUUGACGAUAGCAAAUCACGUUAUCACGAAGAAUCAUCGGAUCACAGUGACUCACAGCGGACAUCGUACGUGGUCACUUCACAUCAAAGACACGAAAGAAACUGAUCGGGGUUGGUACAUGUGCCAGGUCAACACUGAUCCAAUGUCCAGCAUCACCGGAUUCCUCGAAAUAGUUGUACCUCCGGAUAUCCUGGACUAUCCCACCAGUACGGACAUGGAAGUGAGGGAGGGUAGCAACGUGACGCUGCGGUGCGCGGCGACAGGAACACCGAAGCCGACGGUCACGUGGCGUAGAGAGGCAGGCGGCACGAUCACCCUCUCCAACUGGCACGAGGUAGCGAGUAUCGAAGGUUCAUAUCUGGAAAUAACGGAUGUCACUCGACUCCACAUGGGACCGUACUUGUGCAUAGCAUCGAACGGAGUACCGCCUACCGUCAGCAAGAGGAUCGUUCUCAUUGUUCACUUUCCGCCGAUGGUUUGGAUUGAAAAACAAUUAGUUGGUGCAUACGAAGGCAAAGUACUUGUUCUUGAAUGCCAAAGCGAGGCUUAUCCCAAACCGAUCAGUUAUUGGACAAGGCCAACAAACGAGACUAUAACUAACGACAAUCACUACGAAGUCGAAACGAUAUCCAAAGGAUACAAAGGAUACAAGAUGACGAUGAGAUUGACUAUAAAGUCGGUACGUGUACAAGAUUUUGGAUCCUUUCGAUGUAUAUCGACGAAUUCGUUGGGUGAAACCGAAAGCAAGAUCAAACUUUACAGAAUUGAUAGGCCACCAACGACGAGACGGCCAGGUACACGACGGGAUCCGAAGAAAUCUUGGAAAAUGGAUCACAGUAACGAGAAAAAAGCAGCUGGCAUGAGGGACGAGCCAAUGUCGAAAGGAAAUUAUGAUAGUGGGGAAGAGCAAACGGAUUUUCAAUCGGCCACAGCUUCUUCGAGCUUUCAUCGUCACAUUUUCACAAAUCUUGGUAUUACCGUGUUCAUUGGUAUCAUAGUUAGUGGACUAUCGACGUAGACCUUUCAUAUCGUCGUCAUCCUUCUUGACAUUAGAGAAUUUUGAAAAUUUCGAGAAUGGAUGGAUCUUUUUCGACGCGAGGUACUAUCUCCACUCGCAAAUAUCGUUACUCGAAAACUUUUCGAAUUGCGAGAUGGUAAGUUAUCAGGAACAUACGAAAAGGUAAGGCCGAAGAUAGGAACAAGAAAAUUUUCGAUCAGGAGUUCCACGCUUUGUGCACUUUUCGUCCUGCGAGAUACGCGAAUAUCGUACAAGAUUACCUGUGCCCAUUUAAACUCUCCAGAGAUCUUGGCAAAUAUCGUAAAUUUAAGCUCUUAUAGAUUAUGAACGAGGUAAAAAAUCUAUGGAGUACGAAGAAGAGAGUACGUAGAGUUUUAUCUAGCAUGUAAUGAUCCUCUCCCGAAAAGUUGUUUUUACGUUAUUACUCGUUACGUUCCGUCGAAGUACGAAACGUUAAUACCAAUUGUAAACCUUCAUAUUUGUAUUACAGGAUUAAAUCGAUGUAGGUAAUGUGUGCUCCCGCAUAAUGUUACUCUUACACUAUAUACUCUAUAUAAAUAGUAGAUUGUCCUAUUAAGUUACAGUACAAUGACAAUAAUUUUUUAUCUACUCUCAUUAAAGAGCAAAAUUUUGGUAAAUUUACGAUUACAUCGAUAAUAAACUGCCGCGUAAAUAAGCUGCCUCUAAAAAAAAAAUCUUUCCUUCUACAAAGAUGCGUUUAUAUUCAAUGGACAUGAAAUUAUUCAGGAACGACGCCGUCAUCAAUCCAUUAGCGCACAGUCCAUUAAGUUUAAGAAGUUAUCAACUUAGCUUGCGUAUUUUGUGAUAAUGACUCCCAUUGUGUACGAUGUAAAUACACGUAGAGAUACCCAAUAGGUUCAAUAGAUUAUAACGCAUCGAUCGUUGCUUUCGAAGCAUAGAGCAAUUGAUAUUGUACAAUAACAGUGUGUGAACGAUAUUGUAGAUUAAGCCUCAGGGACAUGUAAAUACGUUAAGCUGUAAGAACGACCUUGCGUUAGUUUUUGCAUUUGUGAACGUAAGAAAUCUACCUAUCUUUCUGUAAAUACGAUGUACUUAAUCGUGUAAUUCGGCAAUAAAUGUUAGGCAGUACUAACUGUUA